CCAGUCAAGCAAGAAAUAACAGUUCAGCCAAUCGCUAAGAGGAUAUAAACACCAUUGAUUUCGCAUGCAUUUGGAUUGAGCAACUGUGUUAACGCUGUAAAUUGUAUGCUUUAUUUACCAUGUCGGAUGCAGCAGUUCCUCCCCCUUACGAAGCCCCGCCCCAGACCCAGCCCGGGUAUGGCUACGACCAGCAGUACGGGAUGCCGAGGGUCCAGCAGUAUGGUCUUCCUAUGACACAUAACCAGUCAACAGUCAUUGUAACUCAGCCUUUCCCGACCAUGGGCGUCGUGGUGCAGCCACGACCCCCGGACUAUACCGUGGCCUCGGUCCUCGUGUGCCUUUUCUGUUUCUUCCCAACUGGCGUGGCUGCUAUCAUCUUCGCGAUGAUGGCCUCCAGCCAGGCCAGCGGCGAUGAGUACCAGGAGGCCAGGCGGAGUUCGACGAUUGCAAGGAACCUAGUGAUCGCCAGUCUCGUCAUCGGCAUCAUCGCCUACGUCGUGACCAUUGCUCUCGUUCGUUGGUUCGAGCAUACACUCUAUAAAUCUCUCAACAGCUACUGAAAAAUCUUUCUAAACAAAUCAACUAUUGUGAACGAGACAAUUUAUUUAAGUGUUUGUUUCUAUGUUAUAUGACUUAAUAGUAUUGUAAGACAACAGCUACUAAAAAACUUACUAAUCAAGUCAACUAUUACGAAACAGAAAAUUUAUUUAAGUGUUGCCUUUGUAUGUUUUGUGACCAAUCUUUUACAUUCUUUAGUGUUAUAUUUUGUUUAUUAUUCUGAUUCUUUCUGCGAAACUCGUAUAAUUUAUGUAAUUUUUGUCUGUGUGUGUGAAGGAAUAAAAUAAGCCGUGUAUCUUA